UGCCGGAGCCGAAGCCCCGGAUGUUCUGAGGCGGCCGAAGGAGCCGCGAUGGCGGAGCCCGAGGAUGACAGCCCCGGCGAGUUCCACGUCUUCAUUAAGACUUCGACAUGCAGCACACGCGCGGUGAGAGUGUCUCUGGAUGACACCGUGCGGGAGGUUAACGCUAAGCUGGAAGCGUGGGACUUCUUCCUGAGCCAGGAAGGGGGAAGUCUGACCUACCGUAGGAUGUGCAUGGAGUACGACCUGGCCCUGAGCCGCGGAAGGGGAAGGCUGAUCUACAAUGAGAGAUACAUGAAGGACGACCUGACCCUGCGACACUAUGGAAUCAAACCCAACUGCUUUUUGUACCAUGUCGAAUUGCAAGGUCCUGGUGGAACUUUCAGACCUCGAGUUUCACUUCAAAGUGGUGGUGGAACUUUAAUAGCUCAGUCUUCACUUCAAAGUGGUGGUGGAACUUUAAUAGCUCAGCCUUCAGUUCGAGGUGGUGGUGGAACUUUAAUAGCUCAGUCUUCACUUCAAAGUGGUGGUGGAACUUUAAUAGCUCAGCCUUCAGUGCAAGGUCCUGGUGGAACUUUCAGACCUCCAGUUUCACUGCAAGGUCCUGGUGGAACUUUCAGACCUCGAGUUUCACUGCAAGGUUCUGGUGGAACUUUCAGACCUCAAUUUUCAUUUCGAGGUGGUGGUGGAACUUUAAUACCUCAGUCUUCAGGCUUAGCCCUAAGGGAGCUGGUGCCAGACGAGGCCUCGACGAGCGCGGAGGUGAGCUAUGAUUUUGGACAAUUCCAUAGCAGUCUAAACAUGGACUCACCAUGGAAGGGAAACUGCCAGGACUGCGUGAGGGAGGAUCUUCCAGAAGUGACACCGAGGAGAAUCCGUGACUUGCUGGGACACCACACUGCGUACCGAGCUCGCCUCCCUGGUGCAGGCAUCUUCCGGUGCUCCAUCACAGGCCUCGGCUUCGAGGUGAAGUCGGCAGUGACCGUCACCUACAGAUACGACACCUGGACCACGCACCUGAGCAAGGCUGACCAGGAAAUGUGGAUGCCUGCCGGACCCCUCUUCCACAUCGAGGUGCAGCCCGGGGUUGUGCAGGCAGUGCGUCUCCCCCACUUCAUCUGCCUGGCAGAAAACGUUAAUACCAGCCUGUGCUCCAUUGCCCACUUUGAGUCUGGGAAGAUGACCCUGGAGAGUCCGACCAGACUGAUGGCUUUCUCUGCUGUCCUGGAGAAUCCCAGCUUCUCAGCGCUCGGGGUGCUUUGGAGGAAGAUACGUUCAGCCUUCUGUUCACUCCCUGUGCACUCUUUGGUGUUGAUCUUCCAGCAGCUCAAUGCUGCAAGUACAACUCUUCACCUCUACCUGAUCCCAGAUGACAAGUCCGUGAAGCGGGCCAUUGAAGAACAAGAAGUGAAUUGGAAUUCAAAGCUUAUUCCCAAGCCUCCUCCAUUCAGACCUCUGUUCUUGGGCCGCAAUUACCGUGUGACCAGUACAAAGCAGGCAGAGAUAACACCUGAAGAACACUUGCCACUUUGCUACAAGAGUCCAAAGAAACAGCAGCCCUUUGUCGAGAUUUACAUUGCGGACAUGGGAGGGGGAACUAGGCUCCGCAUGACAGACACGCGCGAUGGCACUAAGGUCUGGAAGGCAUCACUGAGGUCAGGUGAUAUUGACCACUCUGCCCGUGUCUUCAAGGCCUCGUCAGGUGCAGCCUUCCUGAUGGAGUACAAAACCGCACUUUGCUCCAGGAUGAGGCAGCUCCCCACCAUUCUGCUGCACUUACGGGAUGCAGAUGUCAUCAACAGCGACGAAGAGGAGGAGGUGCUAGGUCAAGGUACAAGUAAAAGGAAGAAUCAAGUUUUGCUGGAGCUAGUUAAGAAGAAAGGGGUGCGGGCCCAGGAUCGGCUCUACCAGAUCCUCCAGGUGGUAGACCCAUACCUCAUGGAAGACCUGGCGUUCAGCUAGGCCGGGGAAAGCGGUCUGCGUUUGCUCCCGUUACUCAGCUUACGGGAGUAAGUUUACCACUGGUAAGUUUACCAGUGCCUGAAUUCUGACCUCUCGAUGCCAAAUCCAUGGUGCAAAUCAGCAAUAAGCCUUCUGAACCACCCCGUCUCAGGCCUGCCUUGCUGGGCUGACUUGGUUGCCACUGGUGGGAAGCUGCUGGAACAAGAGACCUUGGUUCCCGAUGCAGUGCCAAUAUCUCGGCCCUGCCUGCCUCCCUGCCACAGGCAGCUGUUGACAGAGGACCUCCCCUCAAAACAGGUGCCUCAAGCUCAACCUCCCCACCCUCAGUGUCCGUGGGCGCUUGUCACGGCUGGAAGGGGGGAGCCGCUUUUCCCCGUAGCGCUGUCUGCAAAGGCUGGUUCUCGCGCGCGAGCCGCAGCAAGCCAGAGAUGGUGAUAGGAACCCGUAUCAACAUCAAACUCCAGCCCAGUUUACCCAAAUGACCCAAAUUCACUGAAGGAGCAAACGAGCAUCCUGACCCCAGCAGCAGUGGGUGAGGGACAUCCCCCCACCCAAAGAAGCCAUGGAAAACAGCAAGAUGAGAGAUACAGGUUCAGGCAACCUCAGGGAAGGUCCGCCUCAAUAGCAGCUCCUUUACGUUCAAAAGAAAGCCAGCGGACCGUUUUUAAAUCACAUCCGUAGCGUCCAUAACGUCAGUUCCUUUCUGGGUCGCGUGGAUGCCUUCACUGGUGGUGUCCUUCUGCUGCUGAACACGCCGCUCGGGGCAGGAGCAGUCUGCUCUGGUGUCCAGUGGCUAAGAAGAGAUUUUUUGGGUGUGUGUGUCAAGCUCAGGUGAAAUUCAGCCUUGCCAAAGUGGAGAGAGCAACUUCUAGAAGCUCAAAGGACCUUCCAGGGAGCGUUGAGUGGAACGGUCCCACCACACGCUCUGGGGCUUUGUGGGGUGGAAAUGAGACUGCUGUCUCCAGUAUUGCUUUGUAUUUGUUCCUUCUGGUAAACGCCUGGAGAACAUGUCGCUGCUGGAACGUGCGAUUGGAGCGUGUCUCUGCUCCGCUGAGGGUUGAGGACCUUCAGUGCAGUCAGGGACAGUACGAAGGGGAGCCAGGAGGAACAAAGGGGAGGCAGAAAGUGGGGUAAAAGGGGCCACUCAAGUAUAAACUGGGGCCAGUGUGGCCGAGCCCUGGGCCUGGCCGCUACGCUCUGUCCUAUCUCUUUAAAUAUAUUAUGUAUAUACGUGCUUAUAUUAUAUAUAUGUAAUAUAUAUUUAUAUUGUGGAGGAAAAGAAAGCUAUCAGAAGUACUCAAUAUGGAUUGACCAAGGGGAAAUCACGUCUGACCAGUCUGACAGCCUUCUAUGACGGCGUGGCUGGAUGGACAGACGAGGGGGGGGCAGUGGGUGGUGUCUGCCUUGACUUCAGCGAGGCGUUCGACACGGUGUCCCACAGCAUCCUCACGGGGAAGCUUAGGAAGUGCGGGUUGGAUGAAGGGACAGUGGGGUGCAUUGAAAACUGGUUGAAAGACAGAGCUCAGGGGGUCGCGAUUAGGGGCACGGAGUCUGGUUGGAGGUCAGUGAGGAGCGGUGUUCCCCAGGGGUCAGUGCUGGGGCCAGACCUCUUCAAGACAUUCAUCAGUGCCCUGGAUGAAGGGACAGAGCGCACCCUCAGCAGGUUCACUGAUGACACAAAGCUGGGGGGGGGUGGCUGACACCCCAGAAGGCCGUGCCGCCAUCCAGAGAGACCUGGCCAGGCUGGAGAGUUGGGCGGAGAGAAACCUGGGGAAAUUCAACCAGGGCAAGUGCAGGGUGCUGCACCUGGGGAGGAAUAACCCCCCACACCAGGACAGGGUGGGGGUGACCUGCUGGAGGGCAGCUCUGUGGAAAGAGACCUGGGAGUCCUGGGGGACAACAGGAUGCCCAUGAGCCAGCAGUGGGCCCUGGUGGCCAAGGAGGCCAAUGGCAUCCUGGGGGGCAUCAAGAACUACAGGCCAGUCAGUCUGACCUCGGUGCCUGGGAAGGUCAUGGAACAGAUCCUCCUCAGUGCCAUUACACGGCACGUGCAGGAGAACAGGGUGAUCAGGCCCAGUCAGCAUGGGUUUGUGAAGGGCAGGUCAUGCCUGUCAAACCUGAUCUCCUUCUAUGAUAAGGUGACCCACUUAGCGGAUGAGGGGAAAGCUGUGGAUGUUGCCUACCUGGAUUUUUGCAAAGCUUUUGACACUGU